AUGGAGGCUUAUCCCCACACUAAGGUUCAUCACUUACCCCGAACCUAUUCUGAUCAUGCUCCUAUUUUAAUUUCACUUUCAAAUAUUACUGCUUCAGGUCCUUUUCCUUUUAGAUGUAAAGAAGUCUGGUUGUCUCAUCCUGAUUUUUCUAAUUUUUUUGUUAGCAAUUGGCUUCCACCAAAUAAUUCUUUUUUGCAGGGAAGAGAGGCUUUUCUAAAGUCUGUUUGGAAUCAUAAUGUUUUUGGCAACUUAAAAAAACAAAAGAAGGAAUUAUUAGCUAGAAUAGAUGGAAUUCAAAUCGCUUUAAGUAAAAAGUACUCUGGUUAUUUGGUAAAUUUAGAAAAGAUUUUACUUCAGAGACUUAAUGAUAUCUUAAAUAAAGAACGAUUGAUUUGGGCUCAAAAGUCAGGCAUGAACUGGAGAAAAUAUGGAGAUUAUAAUACCAAAUACUUUCACAUGAUUUCUAAUAUUAAGAAAUCAAGAGGGAAAAUUCUAACCUUGAAAAAUAGUGAGGAUGUGUGGAUUACAGACCAAGAUCAACUUAAGAUUAUGGCUACUGAUUAUUUUCAAAAACUUUUUACUACUACUAGAUUGAGUGGUAAUUUAUUUUGUUGUACUCAUAGCAAUUUUUCCAUUAAUCAUGAGGAGUACAAUGUUUUAGAUUCUCUAAUUACUAUGGAUCAGGUACAUAGCAAUCUUUUUGCUAUGGAUCUGAUUAAAAGUCCGGGUCCAGAUGGAAUUCAACCCAUUUUCUUCCAGAAACAUUGGGCCCAAAUAGGUCACAUUAUCUAUGAUUUUUGUAACUCUUGUUUUCGCAAUGGAAAAAUCCCAGAAGAUAUUAAUCGUUCUUAUAUUACCCUUAUUCCUAAAAAUGCUUGCCCCUCUACUAUUGCUGAAUUUAGACCUAUUAAUUUAUGUAAUACUAUAUAUAAGCUUAUCACCAAGAUUAUAUCUUCUAGAUUAAAAACUAUUCUGGGUCGUAUUAUAAGUCCGUUCCAAUCUAGCUUUAUUCAUGGCCGUGGUAUAGAAGAUAAUGUGAUCCUCGUGAAAGAAAUGGCUCAUCACUUUCAUAAGGUAAAGAAAAGAAAUAAAAUAAUGGCUUUGAAAUUAGAUAUCACUAAAGCCUAUGAUAGCUUAGAGUGGGACUUUAUUAGGGAAACGCUUUUAUAUUUUCAAUUCCCUUCAAAAAUGAUUGAUCUUAUUAUGUCUUGUAUUACUUCCCUUUCGAUUUCAAUUCUUUGGAAUGGGGAAAUUUGUAGUAAUUUUAAGCCUUCUAGGGGAAUUCGUCAGGGAGAUCCUCUCUCUUCUUAUAUCUUUGUUUUAUGUCUUGAUAGAUUAUCUACUCUCAUUGAAAAUGCGAUUCAAUCUCACAAUUGGAAACUUAUUGCUAUCACUAAAAAUAUCAAGAUCUCUCAUGUUUUUUAUGCUGAUGAUGUCUUCCUUUUUAGUAUUGCUACUAAGGACUAUUUAGAAAAGAUUGUGAAUAUUUUGAAUGACUUUGGUGAAAUUUCUGGAUUAAAAAUUAGUAUGAGUAAGUCCACUCUUAUUUUUCCUUCAAAUCUUCACCACUCUAUUAGAGAGGAUAUUGCAGGGGAUUAUGGUUUUAAAAUAUCUUCUUCGUUUGGAAAAUACUUAGGGGUAGACAUUAGGCCUAACAAGUUGAAGAUUUCAAACUAUUUAACUCUCUUGGAUAAAUCUAUGGACAGAGUGAGAGGUUGGCAAGCAAAAUUGCUAAAUAUGGCAGGCAGAUGCACCCUUAUUAAAUCAGUUUUAAACUCCUAUCCUCUUUAUGCCAUGCAAACUAACAUUUUACCUACAUCCAUUACUUAUGCUCUGGAAAAAUGCUGCAGGAAAUUUUUAUGGAACAAGGUAGAUAGAAGUAAAUACAUGUCUAGGCUUUCUUGGGAAAAAGUUACCAGACCUAUUAAUAAGGGAGGUCUGGGAAUUAGAAGAUUAAAAGAAUGGAACUUGGCUUUCAUGGCCAAAUUGGGUCGGACGAUCUUAACUAAUUCAGAUAAACUUUGGGUCAAAAUUUUAAAAGAAAAAUAUCUUAAGAACUCCAAUUUCUUAAACUGUUUUGCUAAUAAUACUCAUUCCCCUUUAUGGAGGGAUAUUCUCAAAGGUCGUUCCAUUCUUGAGCAAGGAAUCAUGAUAGGAAUUGGAAAUGGAGAUUCAACUUCUUUAUGGUAUCAUCAUUGGGUUGGUGAUCAACCCUUGUAUAAAACUGAGGGAGUUAGAAUUCCAGAAUCUAAGGCUCACUGGAACAAAGUAGUUUUUGAUCUUCAAAUGAAAUCUGCCUUUUCCCUUUACAAUGCCUUUUAUGUGGAUUGGAGUUUUGCUAACAACUGCUCACAGGGAAAGGAUUUAAGUUGCAAUCAAGUUCCGGGUUUAGCCAAAAAGACUUGGUUUCCUCCAAAGGAAGGGGUGAUGAAAUUGAACGUGGAUGGAGCAUGGAAAUCAGAUGCUGUUGCAGGUGGUGGAGGAGUGUUUAGAAGGUCAACAGGUUCGUGGUUUGUGGGUUUCUCCAGCAAAUUCACAGUACAUACACCCCUAGCUGCGGAGCUGUAUGCUUUAAGGGAAGGUUUGAUCAUCGCAAAGGACUUCAAAUUUGAUAAGCUGGAAAUUGAAACAGAUGCUUUAAAUCUUAAAGUGCUGCUUGGUAAAAUUAAAGAACAGGAUCAUCAUGAGCUUGGACCAGUUUUGAGGGAAGUUGCUCAUCUUCUCAGCCAGAACUGGGUGGUGAAUUUGACUUAUAUCCCAAAGCUCUGCAACAAAGUAUCUCAUUCCCUUGAUGCCCAUUCCCUAAUAAUGGCAGUUGGAAGUAAGAUGCAUUAUAUCAUCCCCUCAUGUGCUAAGGCAGAUUAUGAAGCUGAUUUUGAAAAUGCAAAUCCGGAAUAUGUGGAGACAAUGGCAAGGAAUGCAAGAGAGCAGGCUAUGUCGAUUGUAGGAGCUAAGCGUGCUCAUGACAAUGCAGAUACUUUGAAUCAGGCUACUUCCUCGAGCUCAGCUUCUCAGUUGGUUUUUGGUUCAAUUGUCACUGAUAUUAGAGGAGCAGUGGAAAACUUGAAAAAGAUGGAGCAUCACAAUCAAAGCAAAGGCAAAGAAAAAUCAUUCAUACCUUUUGUUGUUGGUGGUUCAACAAUGGAUACGGCAAUUGAAAUUGUUGAAGUUGAGGAUGGAGAGAUUACCAACAAUUGA